UAACAGUGGGCUGAAAAAAUGGCUGCCGUAAAGUGAAAUGUGUUAACGGAGUGGUAGUGCCAAUCAUCAUACGUCUGGGUUACACGUAUGCAACUGUAGUCAUUUUGAAAUUGGUUAAAUCUUAUGAACAAGUAAUCAAGAUUUUUCAUCAUGAGUGUUGAUGCUUAUGGGCCAAGUUCGCAAACGCUAACUUUUCUAGAUACUGAAGAGGCAGACUUGAUUGGCGCCGAUACCCAAGGAUCGGAAUUUGACUUCGCAGAUUUUACACUUCCAUCACAAAGCCAAACUCAGGCGUCUCAAUUAGACACAGUCCAGAGUCAAACGCAGGUGAAUGGUAAACUUCCUGGAGAUGUUGAGAGCAGCAUCGUCACCGUCACACAGAAGCUUGGGGAGUUGCAGUUUGAAGAGGAAGAAGAGGAUGCUUACUACAACAAGGAGCUGCCGGUAUUUGCAUGCAAGUAUUGUGCAAUACAUGAUCCGUCUUGUGUAGUGAUGUGCAAUGUGUGUAAGAAGUGGUUCUGCAAUGGCCGUGGCAACACUUCCGGCUCGCACAUCAUAAACCAUCUCGUUCGAGCUAAACACAAGGAGGUGACGUUACACAAGGAUGGGCCGCUGGGUGAGACAGUUUUGGAAUGCUACUCAUGCGGAGUACGCAACGUGUUCGUGCUCGGUUUCAUCCCAGCCAAGGCCGACUCCGUGGUGGUACUCCUGUGUCGCCAGCCCUGCGCUGCGCAGAACACACUCAAGGAUAUGAACUGGGAGCAGGAAAGCUGGAAGCCACUGAUUGCUGACCGUAGUUUCUUGACAUGGUUAGUGAAAGUUCCGGGGGAACAAGAACAACUGCGUGCGCGCCAAGUAACGUCCGCGCAGAUUGCCAAGUUGGAAGAAUUAUGGCGCGACAAUGCCGAUGCAACAUUCCUCGACCUAGAGAAACCGGGUGUAGAUGAGGAGCCACAACAGGUGUUACUUAGAUAUGAGGAUGGUUACCAGUACCAGAACAUAUUUGGGCCGCUGGUAAAGCUGGAGGCGGACUAUGACAAGAGACUGAAGGAGUCGCAGACGCAGGAGAACGUAGAGGUGCGCUGGGACGUUGGGCUCAACAAGAAGACAAUAGCAUACUUUACGCUGGCCAAGUCUGAUGGAGACAUGAAACUGAUGCAUGGAGAUGAACUCCGGUUGCGUUACUUGGGUGAGCUGCACAAGGCCUGGUCUGGCGUGGGUCAUGUUAUCAAGAUACCGGACAACUAUGGGGAGGAGGUUGGGAUAGAGCUUAAGACCUCCUCUGGAGCGCCCACGCAGUGUACUUCCCACUUUGUCGUCGACUUCAUCUGGAAGUCCACUUCCUUUGACAGAAUGCAGCUAGCACUACGCAAGUUUGCAGUGGACGACAGCUCUGUGUCUGGGUAUAUUUAUCACCGACUGCUAGGCCAUGACUUUGACGAGGUGCUGUUCCGAUGUCACCUACCCAAACACUUCUCUGCACCCAACCUACCUGACCUCAACAGGUCACAGGUAUAUGCGGUGAAGCACGCUCUGCAGCGACCGCUGUCACUGAUCCAGGGUCCGCCCGGCACCGGCAAGACCGUGACAUCAGCUACGAUAGUGUACCAACUGGUCAAGCAGAGUGGUAGCCCUGUACUUGUCUGCGCCCCUUCUAAUACUGCUGUCGACCAACUGACAGAGAAAAUACACGCCACCGGCCUUAAGGUAGUUCGAGUCUGUGCCAAAUCACGUGAAGCGAUUGUGUCCAGUGUCUCUUUCUUGGCCCUGCACAAUCAGAUACGCAAUAUGGACUGCAACACAGAACUGCAGAAGCUGCAGCAGCUGAAGGAGGAGACAGGGGAGUUGUCGAGCGUGGACGAGAAGCGGUACCGGAUGCUGAAGAAGGCUGCAGAGAAGGAGUUGCUGGAUGCGGCAGAUGUGAUCUGUUGCACCUGUGUGGGAGCAGGGGAUCCUCGACUCGCACGACUCAAGUUCCACUCCAUCCUCAUUGAUGAGAGCAUGCAGGCCACCGAGCCAGAGUGUAUGGUGCCAGUCAUAUUGGGCGCCAAACAGCUGAUUCUGGUCGGAGAUCACUGCCAGCUGGGUCCAGUGGUAAUGUGCAAGAAGGCAGCACGCGCCGGUCUGUCGCAGUCGUUGUUUGAGCGCCUCGUUGUGCUCGGGAUUCGGCCUUUCCGGCUCGAGGUUCAAUACCGGAUGCACCCAGAACUCUCCCGCUUUCCAUCCAAUUUCUUUUACGAGGGUUCUUUGCAGAAUGGAGUGUGCGCUGAUGAGCGUAAGUUGGCCAAGAUGGAUUUCCCAUGGCCUGUAGUGGACAAGCCGAUGUUGUUCUAUGUGACUCAGGGCCAGGAGGAGAUUGCGGGAUCUGGCACGUCGUACCUAAACCGUACAGAAGCCUCCAACGUUGAGAAGAUGACCACGAGGUUCCUGCGAUGCGGCGUCAAACCUGAGCAGAUUGGAGUCAUCACGCCUUACGAGGGCCAGCGGGCUUACCUGGUACAGUAUAUGCAGUACCAGGGCACACUGCCAUCCAAACUCUAUCAAGGCAUUGAGGUGGCAAGUGUAGACGCAUUCCAGGGCCGUGAGAAGGACCUCAUCAUCAUGUCAUGCGUGCGAUCCAACGAGCACCAGGGCAUCGGGUUCCUCAAUGACCCACGUCGACUCAACGUAGCCCUCACCCGCGCCAAGUAUGGCAUCAUUGUCGUCGGCAAUCCCAAAGUGUUGUCCAAGCAACAACUAUGGAACCACUUGUUGAAUUUCUACAAGGAGCAGAAAGUGCUGGUAGAGGGGCCCUUGAACAACCUAAAGGAAUCGAUGAUCCAGUUCUCCAAGCCGAAGCAGAUCCUGAAUGCUGCCAAUCCAGGCACCCACUUCAUGUCGACGACAGUUUACGACGCCAGGGAAGCUAUGGUUCCAGGCAGUAUUUACGAUAGAACUGGCAGCAACACAACUGCCCAUUACUUACCUCGUCCAGCACCUGGAGGUCGGUUGGACAUGUUUGGACAUGAUCCGAUCAGCUACAUCUCGCCGGAACGUGCACAGGCGGCCCUCAGCAACAUACCUGUUCCAGUUGGAAUGUUCAUGAACAUGAGCCAUGUACCACCACGCUUCUAUAAUCAGCACCAGCAGGCCAUGCAAGCUCGCCAAUCUGGACGAGCGAAUCGAGUUGCCGGGGGACGGCUCCGUAACAAGAAUAGUUUGGCCAAGAACAAGAUGAACAACUCUCUUAGUCAGGGCAACAGCCAGGAACCGUUCAGCCAAGGCAUAACCCAGGGCAUGAGCCAACAGGGAAUGUCUCAAGGGUUCAGUCUGUCUCAGGCCGGCCUGUCUCAGGACAGCUACCACGUGCCGGACUACCAGAGUCAGAUGAUGGAGGGUCUCCUGUCUCAGGACUCCACCUACCAGGGUGACAGAUAUCCGUCACAUCAGCCGUACUGAUCAGUGGUGCGCCAGGCCUGGGUCGCGGGAGCGGCUUGAGGAAUGAGACGGCGCAAACGCGCGAGGCGUCCACUGAUGGCGCGAGUGGCGCAAGCCGUGCCGCUACCACUCUCUGUUCGUCAACAACAAGCGAAUAUCACAAGAUUAAACCAGUCAUCUGUUUUAUUUGAAAUGUAAUAACGCAGUUGAGGAUCGAUUGCGAAACGUUGAAUAAAUUAUAGAUUAGUGUUUUCUUUCUUUACUAAUUAAUUAUUAUUGUACUUGUUUUAUUUUUAACAUUAAGAAACAUAAUUUACACAACUUUAGAUUAUAAGUAUUGUAACCUCAGUUGGUUGUGGAAUUUGUAUUGGUUUAGAUUUUGGAAAUAUUUGAUUUAAGAGGAAGGUUUCAGAAAUUACCUGAGUGGAGUUUGCUAUAGUAAGUUUUAAUUUUUAGUAGCUUAGAUUCCGUUACCAAUCAAAAUUUAAUUAUAUGUUUCAUUACACAAUGAUUUACAAAUUAAUAAUAAUUUAUUUCGAAUUAUCUUCAUGAUUUUUUUGUUCUAUUGAAGUAAUGUCAAUAAAAGUAUGAUUUUCUGGUUGUCAUCACAGUGUGAGCCUUCUAUAGUUUUGUCAAUGCAAAAUGUGAUUUUGUUUUUAGAUAGAUCUGCUGUAUUGUUCAAGUUACUGACGUAAAUGUUCAAUGUGAUGUUAGAAUGAACACUGUUGUAAAAUGCGUGAACCCAUCGGCAUGCUGGCAAAGGUACCAACUGUUUGGAGCAGUGUUUCUCACAUAAAUUGUAAUGCUCUUGUCAUUUUAAAGAAAAUAAUAAAAUGUGAAAUUUAAGUUGUAGUGAAUGUCAGUUAAUUCUGUAGACACCAGACUAAAAUAUUUAUAUUUUGUAAAACUUUCAAGUACAUUUUUUAUAUACAGCAGUGCUCCCACAACAAAUACUUCAGUGGGUUUGGUUUCAAAAUAUUUUGUAAUACAUUUUUUAAUCUAAGACUACUAGUUUACUAAUAUAAAAACAUUCGUUUUAAAGAGCAAGAAUUGUAAUCGUUUCUAUUUUAACAUUAAAUUAUUAAACGGUGAGUUUUUUUUAAGUUCUUUAUAUUUCCAAUCCACUUGGACAUUACAUUUAAUUUGUGUAGACCACUACAUACAAUAUGUAUUUGAAAGUCACAAUUCAAUGUCACAUUUAUGAAUAUGUGGACAGUAUAACAUCAUCAGCUCUACGUUACAAGGUCUCAAUGAAACAAAAAUUGACCCAAGAAUUGAGAAACCGUUCCAGUGUUACUCAACAAUGCUUAAUACCUUAAUAUGUAAACUGUAUUCUUUUGUAAGUUUGAACUAACAUAACAUAAUCGCCAGCAAUAUGUAAUCGAGAUCCCCAGAGAGAUAAAAAUGUUAUGAUUAGUUAAUUUCCGUUUCUUUGAUUUUAUUAUUAUUUUAGUGGAUAUAAAAUUGUUGGUUAAUUUCAGGCUAGUUAUAGAAAAAUAUCAAUUAAUACCUGUUUUUACAGUGUGAGAAACCUAGCAAGAUGCAUACUGAUGGGUUCUGGCGAAAGGAAUUGAGAUUAUUUCAGUCUUAAUUUUUUUCUACAUUUGCUGUGGUGUCUUAUGGCAUUUAACAUUCUAGGAUAACCAUAUCAUUGUUGUUCACCAUUACAAUAGAAUUUUGCAAACAUAAUAGUGUUGUGAAUAUUGCUUGCCACCUCAGACAUAACAAUAGGAUGCAAUUUUAGGUUUUAUUUUUUAACUGAGGAAUUGAGAAAUGUGGUGGAAAAUGUUGAAGGCCAGUUAUGGUUUGGUUAUCUUGAAAUGAAUUGAAAGCGUAUAUGAAUAACAGUGUAUGAAAUCACUUCUUGAAACUAAAUGUUACACAGUAUGACAUAAUUUUACUGUAAUUAAUUUGUUGUGUAAGUUUACUUAUUGGUAACCUGAUUGUAUGAUUAACAUAAUUAUGUUCAUUACAAACAAACAUGACUUCGUUUAGUCAAUGUUACAUUUUUUUGUUCUUGGAUGACCCAUUCAUUGGUUUUUCACGUUGAAGAAGCUCCUUCUUAAAACAUACCAUUUUAGUCCAGAUUUUAUUUAAUUCCCCUCCUGACUUUGUCAAACACUUUCAACAUAUUAAAUUUAUUUUAUCAAAUAUAGUUGUUUUAUUUAUAAUUGUGUGUCCGUUUCACGCCUUCUGUUUGAAUGUUAAGCAUGUUAAAAGUAAUUUCGUCCAUUUUUUAAAAUUGUCUUAACGCUAAUUACAUUUAAGGUUUGUGGCAGCAAGGCUAAACGAUGGGCUCAUCUUCCUGAAAGUUCCUUGAACUGGAAGAAAAUAGCCCUUUCAGAUGACAGAUGAAAGACAGGUUAUGUUAUGUUGAAACUUCAUCUUGAAAUAAGAGAUUGAAGAUGCUGUAACAUGUUGGUACCUGUUUCCACCGAAAAGUGAGAGUAAAAUUAUACAUAUUCAAUGUGUAAUUGAAUCAUAUUUUUAUCCACAACUGUUGAAAAUUAUAUGUUGUAAAAAUAGGAACAUGUACUUUGAAAUAUACAUUGUUGAAUAUGCUUUAGCUCAUUAUGUUAAUUAUUGUGUUAAGUUGUAUUAUUGUAUGUUUUCAAAACUUUGCCAUCUUGAAACCGUACAAGAUAUAGAAAUGCAAGAACAAAAAUUGUUGAUAAUCUAAUAAUUCAACAUCCUUUUUCAGUUUAACACAUAAUAGCUAGUAUAUACAUAUUAAUUUAAAUAUAUAUUUUACAUAAUAAUAUAUAGGUUUGAAUUAUCAUUUUUGAACUUUUCUAACCCUUUUAGUGCCAGAGGAAUUGUUCAAGUUGUGCUCCGCCAGUGCCAACCAUAUCUUACAAUUGUGUAAUAGUGUCAGUGCCAGAGGGUUACUAUCUCAUUUUGCAAUAAAUUGUUACACAAAUUUAAUGAUUUUCGUAUCUAAUUAUAGAUAAUAAGUCGUCUAUAAAAAUAAGGAAUAAAAUACUAAAAAUUUUCUGUUUUACUCAAAUUAAAAUAUUUCUAUUACAAAAAUUUACUUGCAUUAAUAAGGUUUUCUGUUUUUUCUUUCUUUUGAACAUCCUUAUGGUGAUUUAAUAAAUAGCUAUGCUUUAUUCAAUAACUUUACUAUAAAGACCAUUAGGUUAUGAACAUCCUGUUGAAAUUUCACAGUAAAAUGUUCACAAAUAAAAAAUUUAGCAAAAGAAUUUACUUAAGUAAAACGGUUUUUUUUAUUUGAACCUUCUUAUUUAUUAUGAUAAAAACAGCUAAGCUCUAUUCAAUCAGUUUGCUGUAAAUAUUGUUAUAAAGAUCCUGUUGAAAAGUUUCAUAGUAAAACCAUCACAAAUAUAAACGCUAUGACAAAAUUUUGUUUUAAUUAAGUCAUGAUGAUUGUUGAAGUCUUACAAACAGUCCACACAGAUUUUAUGUUGAACAUAAAGUUAAAGAAAAUAUAAAAACAACACUGAAAAUCGAGUACUAAGUUAUCAAAAUUUUCAAAGUAGUCUUACUUUAUAUAUGUAUAGAUACUGUAAUAAUGGUUUUUAUGUCAAAACAAUGAUUUAUAAAUAAAAAGAUGAUUCUAAUUAAUUAAAAUGUUUAUUUUUGAAUUUUUAAUGAUUUUUAUGAGUCCGGUUUAGCAGGUGUUGGCACUUAAUGCAUAGUUUUUUAGAUGCAUGGCACUAAAAGGUUUAAAAAUUAACAUGUCUAAUGCUUGAAAGUUCCUAAAAAUGUUUAAUGUUCAAUGCUGCAUAUUGUAUUCUAGUCAACGUAAAAACUGUGUACAAUUACAAUAAUCACGUUUAUUAAAACGUGAAAACUAUAUGUAAAGCUUGUGGAAGUCGAUAAAUACUGACAAAUUUUACGUUACGUGCUUAUAAAUAUUUGAUAAUUUUUAAAUAACUUUGUAAUAUUAGGUUAUCAAUCUGGAAAAGUACUAAAAUACUGAUAAAUGUCUGUUAAUUUCUAAAUCAUCCUAUCAAUUGUAUUUAUAAGUUAAAUUUCCACAACCUUAUUAAUUUUUAUAAUCUGCAAUAGUUGUGUGUUUUAAUUAUAAUGUCUCGUACAUAAUGUAUAUUUAGUUGUCUCAUAAUGGUUUGUGACUGUUUUGGGUUAUAACUUCAGUGUUCUUUCAAAUUAAGUGUUGGACAGAACUUCUUAGCCCUAAUUUUGUUCACUAAAAUAACACGUCUUUUUAUCUUUUUUUCUCUAACUGUAACCUCUGGUAGCAAUCGUUUUAUAAUAAUCGCAACUUCGUUGCAUGGCGUUCAAUGGCAUGCGAACUAAAUGAAGUACAGCAUGUCACAGCUGGUUAUUAUUGCAACUACUUUUGGAAACUGUUUUGUGAAUGCAGAGAUUUUAAAUUCUGAUGUAUUUUUGUACAAAUCACGGAUUUAUUGAAUGGACCGUACGGGUGUGAAUGGUUAUGGUGAAUGAAAUUGGGCAAAUGUACGCUGUUUUAGAGCUACUAUUUUGAAUACCUAGGCUAUGUGUUAUGAACUUGUGCACCAUUGCCAAUGACUGCAAAGAUUCUGAAUGAUCGUGUUAUAACCUUAGGAAGUAUGCUGUUAUCAUAAUUUGGCGUUCAAGACAAAGUAUCAGUGUGUCCACAAAGUCAUGUCACACUUUGAAGUAAUUUUAUUUGGAAAAGUAUACUAUACAGCACAAGAAUAAGUUAGUUAAAGAGUACUUAAACAGUUUUAUGUCAGUUAUUUGAGAUCGUCAUGAGUACCAAGUGAACUUUGAUAUCCUCCCAUAACUUAAUCACGAUUUAUGAGGUAUCUGAUUCAAUUACAGCUCUGAUUCGUUGCUUUAAGUGUCAGUAUUUCGAAUAUGUUCACUACAAACAACUUCCGACACAGCCCCAUAAAUUGAAAUCCAUAAAGGGAUGAGGUCAAGUGAGUUUGAUGGGCACACUUUGACCAAUCCAACUUUCAGGCGAUUUCCUGUUUGAAAAAUCAUGAACAGUUUUACUAUAAUGGGAACGUGUUCAUCGUGUUAAAAAUAACAUUUCCGUUUUUAAUUUGUGGAAGAGCAUAUUGUUCUAGCAUAUAAAAAUAAAUCAAUCUGUUAUAGGUAAACCGCUAGCAAAGAAACCUGCGCAGAAGCAAAUUUCUGAACAGUUCCGUGCAGGAGAGGCCCCCCUCCGGCAGGAGGUUGUGGUGGGGACCAGCAUUUUUUUGUAUCUGUUUAUCAGCUGUGUAGAUCGUGUCUCGCUUGCACAGUUUUGUUUACACUGCAGCUGCUUUACCUGCUCUAUAACUAUAUUAUAUUUUUGUGUGCAGACAUAUACAAGUGUCACAGUCUAAGCAUAAAAUAUUAAUUGAACAGAUUAAUGUAGCCAUAGGCGUAUCUAGGGAGCUAGCAUUUUGUUGUGAGGUUAGCCGCGCAGUGGCAGUGGCUAGUAGAGAUGUGUCAUUCGGUCUUGACCUGUUCAAUUUGAACGAAUCAACCAGUGAUCCAGAUCAGAGUGUUUUAAAAGACCCGUUCAUCUUGAACGUUUCAUUCACUUUUUCCAGCUAACUGAAUAAAUUUGAUAUUUUUUCAAAUCAGAUAUGUUAUUUUUAAUGAUUUUUAAAACACAAUAUCAUAAUUAAGAUCAUUUAAAAACCCUUAUAAAAAAAAAAUAGCUUAAUAUUACGAAUCGCAGCAGUAAACGAGACAGACUGAGCUGGAUCAAUCAGAUGAUCCGAUAGAGCGAAUGCCGCACAGUGAUGAGGAUAUGGGGAGAGGGCGGCAUCACAGCAUCGUAGGGGUAUUUACCCAACCCUGUGUGAACUCAAAUCACCCAGGGUCUGCUUGUAAACGGUCUACCUAUAAUAGUGUUUUCAGCAAAGAAAAACGGACACAUUAUAUGGUUUCGGGAAAGAGCACACCAAAUUUUUAUUUUAGGCAAAUGGGGAUGAAGUUAAAAAAACGUUAACCGCACAUUAAUAGACGAUAACUAUUGUUAACCAAAUUGAUGAAAUCAAAACUUUAUAAAUAGGUGUUUAAAUUUACAUCUUUCUCAUAGACUUGUGAUCAAUAAUAAAGUAAUUUUAAGUGUUAAAUGACUUUGUGGACACAUUGUAUUGGUAUAGUUACAAUGUCCACCAUUUCAUUAUAUUUUGUCAUAAUUGUUCUAAAUAAAGUUAGAAAAAAAUUACCUAUAUUCCUUUUAGAAUAAAUAUUCUUUGUUUUCAUUGUUGAGCAGAGGCUCAAAAUAUGUUAGUAGGUUGUGAUAGUUUUACAUUUUUCAGAAACUAUCACAAUUUACACAACUGUUAGUCUAAUAGACAUAAUGCUUUGAUGUGAAGCAAACAAACAAGGCACAUAAUUGUGUACAAGAUUGUUGUGAACUGAAGUUAGUUACAGUUGAACAGCUGUUUGUAUCCUGUGUAUACUGCUCAUUAACACCUUCACUGCGGCUGUAUACUAAGUGAUCCUAAGUAGUUAAUAAGACAACAAGCACACUACGACGUCUAUCUCAGGCAAUGUGUUAACUACAGUUUGAGAGAUAAUACAAGGUCGUAACUCAAACAAGUGAAAAUACUCGUAAUAAAAUGAUUACCAUUUUCAAAUUGAUAUUUGUACAAUUCAAAUUGCAGAAGUACACAAAUGAGUUUUGUUUGUAACAAAAACAUACAUACCUGUAAAACAUGGAAAUGUUGUAAACAAUCUGCAGCAGUAAAGCGUGAUGUGGAAUCAGUAAUGGUUUAGUUUUUACAGCUGUUUCACCCAACAUCACUAGCCGUUCAAUAAACUUCUUUAUGGGCUAACA